AUGGCCGUGAUAGAGCGAAAAGUAAUGAUCUGCGGUCCAAGUGGCAGCGGAAAGUCUUUUGUGAGCAACAAGCUCACCCUUCUGCCGGUACCAAAGAGGGCGGAACAGGAGAAAGAUCCGAACUAUGGCGUGAUCUCCAGCAGCAGUUUCGGCCGUGGCUCCAUUAAGGUGCUUACAAAGCGUUCGAAAAACCCGGUCAAGUACAUCGAUUCGACAGGAGAUGAAGGCCAGAUGACGCUCUAUGUGACAGACACGCCAGGAAUGCCCAGCGAGGAGAGCGCGGCGGUGGAGCUCCUCAGGGACAUCAGGAAGUCCCCGCUGCACGGGAUAAUUUGGGUCGUGGAUGCCAGCACCCGAUAUGACCGUGACACGGAGCCGGUGCUCAACGCAGCUAAGCGGUGUUUGGGAGAGCAAUUGAGCGAGUCCAGGCUCAUCGUGUUCGUGAAUAAGGUCGAGCAGACCCAGCAGGCCACCCUUGAAUUUAACAAGGCUGUUAAUUACGUGGUGGAGCGCCUUUUGGGCAAAGAGAAAGUGAAGGACUUCCAUAACGCUGCGUACAACUUUCAAGGUGAGGACAAGGGAGUUAAGGACUUGAAGACUGUCAUCGCAUCAUUGCCGGACCUUUCCCUGCAGGUUGGCGACAUUUUUCCGACCAAAAUCCCGGUGGAACUGCCCUUCAUCUUCGGAGCCAGCCUCACAACAACGCUCAUCUUCUCAAUCGCGUGGGCAGUUUAUGCACUGGCUUUUUGGGGCGUCCCGCCCUUCCUGAUGCAACUCUUUGUGACCAUUGCCGGGUCUGUUGCUUGCCAGCUCGACCCUGUCCAGUUGAUUUUAGUUGCAGGACUUUGGAGUCUGGACUUCAUCAACGACGACAUGGCAAGCGACCCAUUCUACGGCAUCGUUCUUGUAGUUGUAUUCGGAGCUGGCAUGCUUUUGCAGGAAGUGCCUCGGCUGCUUGAGACAAGACGGAAUAUGAACAGCCGAAACGAGCCAUUGCUUCCGACUAACGAGCCAUUGCUUCCGACUUCGCCACCUCACCACCGUCCUGCGGAUUUGCCUUCGGAGCCACACGAGCCCCGUCUGGCCACAAAGCCACAAACGGACAGUAGAGUCACAGUCCUCUGGUCCCUCUUCAGCGGAACGUUCAACUCUGUUAUUGGACUUGUCACUGGCAAGUUCUGCGGCCCCAUCUCUCUCAUUCUCUGGUGCGUAGGCUCCCUCAUCAUCGCACGGUAUGUGAAAAAAGCGAUGGAGGAAGUAGUCAACCGAAUUGCACGAUUCGGUUACUUCAUGAGCAAAGUCGUGGAAGAUGCGAUGCAGAAAGCAAUAAGUGCUGCAGAAGAGCUGUUCAACAAGUUGGACGAAUUCUGGAGCAUUUUACGGGAUUCUGCACAAGAAAUGCGCCAUAUUGCCGGAGUUCGCACAGCUGCUGGGGCAUGCUUUGGUGUAGUCCUUGCACUGUGUGUCGCCAUGCUCCUUGGUGACUCAGGCUUGGUGUUCACACCGUCAGAUACAAAGCGCGCGAAGGCUCUGGCCUACAUGCAGUCCGUCUUCUUCUUGAAGCCGCUGCUUUAUGUGACCCUGCCAACAACGACCGUGAGUGAAGUCGUUGCAUUGGCUCUUACCCUGGUACCCCUCCUCCAGUACCUGAGCAGCAUUCAUGAGAAGAGCCAACGGGAUAUGCAUGUGGAGCUUGUCAUUCUCAUCCUUUGCUACUUCGUGGCGGUUAUGGCCAGGUCUCUGCGGCAGAAAGGUGCCUAG